AUGCACACGCAGAGCGCCGGAAUGAACACUUCAAGUAACAUAACAAAAUCUGAGGAUAACUAUUGGUCCAGAGUUGAGAAGUCUGUGCUUGGUCCCAUUCUCACAACUGAGAUGAUAGUGGGUAUUGUCGGAAAUGGACUGGUUUUGAUAGUUAAAGUAAGGUGUAAAGACCAUUUUCAGUGCUUAUACUGGCUGCCGUUUCUCAGCCUCACACUCUCAGAUUUCUUCUGCUCUAUCUUCAUAAUCUGUGGCUCCCUCUUUUCUGUGCUGAGUGAAGGUCAGAUUUCACCGUGGUGUGAGGUGGUCAGCCUGCUGAAGUUCACCUUCAUCACCUCUUCCAUUGGAAGCUUAGCGGUUCUCUGUGUUCAGCGAUUUAUGGGAAUUCCCUCCAAAGGUAAAGGGCUGUCUGUUGUCAUGGCAGUGGCAUGUUUGGCAUCCUGGUGUACUGGAACAGUGUUUGGAGCAGUGCCAGUAGUGUAUGACUGGAUAAGGUAUGAUCCAGCAGAGAUGUUAUGUGCAGUGUUCUGGGAAAACAGUUACUCUGACAUGCUGGUUUACAUCCUCUGUGCCUUCUCCAUAGCCAUUUUUGUCCCAUUCCUCCUCAUACUGUCCUGCUCCAUCCUGACACACAUAGGCUAUGGGAAAGACUGUUCCAGCCAGGAUGACUUGUCCUCCAUCACCCCACUGCUGGUCAUCUUGUAUCUGUUCUGCUAUGCUCCAUUCACUGCAUCCGAGUUGGUUCUCCUUGGAAUGCUUGAUCUGUCUCCUUCUCCUGAUUGGCUGAGAUCACUUUCAUCAGUAAUGGCAUAUCUGGACUGUGGUUUGAAUCCCUUAAUCUACUGCACAAAUAAAGACUUCAGAGAGGCGGUGCUUAUACUGUUGUGGAACAAUAAGAAAUCAAGCCCUUCCGAGCCAGUGCUGACUGGCAUUGCAAAGCUUGAAAUAUGA